CCCGAAUGCCAAGUAUAACAUUGGCGUCCUAGGCGCUUGUUUCUUCCCUGGGUGCACGAUCCGUUGCGUUGUUGUUUGUUGUUGGCUUUUGGUUUGAAGUACCGCUGUAGACUUGUGCGUCUGCGUCAUGGCCAUGUGUACUCGCAAUGCGUUUGUUUCCGGCUGCGCGACUUGUCGCGUGUCAGUCUCUCGUUCUGGUAGACUCUUUUCCUUGGGCACGCCCAUUGCCCGUCUCUCUUCUCCCUCGCCUACCAAAUCUCCUGCGAUUGGCCCGUCCAGGUCGUCACGAGGGGUGCACCCAUCUUGCCGGUUGCCGUACGACUCUUCGCCACGUGCGUCGUCUCCACGUCGUCACCCCGCUGGUGCACAGCUCGGUGCCGUCGCCGCAGCCCGUGCUGCUGCCGUGCGCCGUGCACGCGAGGAGAAAGAUACCGCUCUCUCCAUACGAGGACGUGUAUCCGCCGGCGUUCGGGCCGUUCCGCGAUCCGAUACCGAGAUGGUAGGUUAUGCGUUACUGGCUAAAUGGGAGCGUAGUCCGGACUUGCUGUCAGCGGAGAUGAAAGGAGCGCGUGUUUUCGUGCGAUCGAAGGAGGAGGGCUGGCAGCUGGGGGUGGUGCCUCGGGUUUCGAGGGCGCGGGAGGAGGACUUGCCGUGCAACGUCCAUUUCGUCAACCUCGAGCGGCGUUUCAACGUGUCGCCGUCGCCGGCGAAAUAUUGAACGGCGGUGGAUGGUCCGCCUGGCUCAUGGUGGUUUCUUGUGCACAUGCGGUCCGGGCGCGUCUGGCGGAACGGGACCUGAGGGGUGCGCUAUGGUGGU